GCUAUCUUGCUACUGAUUACUAUGGACAUUUACUGUUGAAGCCUUACACCAGCUUUCAGCUAUCCAGCUUCGAAGCCAUAGUUCUUGAAAGACAGUGACUCGAAAGCAUUAUUUACAAUCAUACGAACAAAUCUGAAAUUGAAGGAGAGGCUAAGGUGACAUAGGACAUUGAUGCUGGACUCUGCAGUGUGGGCCAGGGCGCAAAGUCCCUGGCCUAUCACUUGCAUCUAAGUUGACCAUUGAGAAGAACCUCGAACGCUUGCGUGACAUCAAACCGGCCGUUUUGCGGGUGACAUUGUGCGCUUGGGUUGGCGUCUCGCGUCAGCAUUUUGGCAGCCGAAAAACUCCAGCGGAACGUUUAAGCGGCCUCAGCAAGUAUGGACUGGGAAAAGAAAACCGUGGCGAGGGCGUCGCUGCGGGAGGCCGCGGCAGAUGUCUUCAACGACACGAAAACACCAGGGCAGGCGCUGCUCUCAGCCCUGGAGACAGCAGAGACGAUCCGGAAGGACCGGUACGGCAGCACCGUGGCGGCCAAGAUGAAAGCCGCGCGCGAGUAUCUACCGGCGCUGGAGGUACGGCACCCGCCCCGCUCCGACACGACCAUCUUUGGCAAGCCUGGCGCGGAGGUGGCGUCUCUGCUGCCUGAUGGGCGGCCGCGGCCUGGCGGCAAGGUGACGUUGGACAACGUGAAGUCCAUGAUGGAGGAGCAGAUGGAGCGGCACAAGCAGGCGUUGGACUCGUUUGUGAGCACACGGGACGACGCGCGGGCGGAGCUGGAGGCGGCGGUGGCUGCAGCUGCCGCCGACUUCCAGAGCCAGCUGGCUGCUGACGACGCAGGCAUUGCGGAGGACAUGGGCGCCCUGGAUGAUGACAAGGUCAUGCGGCUCACGGAGCAGGAGGUGCACCAGGUGUGGGACUGCGUGGCUCAGCGUAUUCCGCAGCGAGCGCGCUGGAUCGAGGAGUGCGCGGCAGCCCUGGAGGCGGCAGAGGAGCACCGGCGAGAGACUGUGGAGGCUGCGCUGGUGUCUCUGUGCGCUGACCUCAACGAGGCGGCGGUGGUGAGCGAGGGCGAGGUGGAGCGGCUGGUGGAGAAGGAGGCCAUGGCGCUGAACGUGGCCAUCCUGGAGAACAGACGCGCGUACGCGGAUGUGGUUCACCGGCUGCAAGUUGCGGAGGUGGAGGCGGAGCGGGCUCGGCGGGCGGCCUGGACGGAGGGGUACCGCAAGUGGCGCACACUACGCACACAGCACGCCAUCAAGGUGUUUGUGGAUCGCAUCAGGAGCCCCGAGUUCGCGGAACCGGCGGACCGGCUGGCGGCCUUUGGCAACCUGCGCGACCGUCAGGCGGGGGUGCUGUCGGGGCUGGCGGCGCACUGGGCGCGGGCGGGCGCCGUCACGCCGCCGCACCUGUCCGCCAAGAAGGUGGCGGGCUGGACGGCCGACGCCACCGCACUGGACGCGGCUUGGGCCCGGGAGCGGCAGCAGAUGCUGGCAUCCCUGCGCGCCGCCGAGGACGCCCUCGACUCGCGCGCCGCCGCGCUGCUGGCGGCCCUGCGCGAGGAGGUGGGCGAGUACCAGGGCUACCGCCCUGAGGAGCUCGACGCACUGGUUGCGGGCAGCGCCGGCGAGGCGGUGGCGGCGCGCCGGGCGGCGGCCCUGGAGGUGCUGGCGGCGGCGGAGGCGUUUCUGGACGAGCAGGCGGCGGGCUGGGCGGCGGUCAGCGUGGCGCUGUCAGCGUGGCUGAACCGGCUGUGCGCCAUGUUUGACGAGCACCGCAAGCUCACGGGCGCAGACGAGUCGGAGGUGCGCGGUGGUCUCAAGGCGGCGCGGGAGGCCUUCAACGCGGCGGACGCGGAGCGCGAGGCGGCGCUGGACGCGGCGGUGGCGGCGGUGACGCGAGGCAGCGGCGAGGCGGCUCUGGACGCGCGGGUGGCGGAGGCGCUGAAGCGGCUGGACGACAUUGAGGAGGGCUACAGGGGCUUCCACCGCGACAUGACGGCCCUGGCCCGCGCCUACCCCGCCCGGGUGCGCGGCGCCAAUGACACCUACCACGUCUCCCUCUGCGACCAGCUGGGCUGCAAGGCGCAGACCGGCGCCGCCGGCUGGCCCGCGCUCAACGGCGGCGGCAAGAAGCAGGUGCUGGGCAACAUCAAGCUGCCCGACGGCCGCUCCUUCGCCCUGGUGACCGACAUGCUGCAGCACCUGCUUCAUCCCGAGGACGAGGAGAAGAAGGCCAAGGAGGCUCAGGCGGCAGAGGAGGCCGCGGCAGCAGCGGCCGCCGCGGCGGCGGCUGCGGCGGCGGCGCCGCCCGCGCCCGCGUCAGGGCGGGCGGCGACGCCUCCCAAGAGCGCGAAGAAGGGCGCAGCUGCGCCGCCGCCCGAGCCGCCGCCGCCGCCCCCGCCGCCUCCGGAGCCGGAGCCGACGCCGACGCCUCCUCCUGCGGAGAGCCCGCUCAGCAAUGCGGGCACGCCGCUGUGCCGGAGCAUCGCCCUGCCUGAGGACAUCCUGAGGCGGACCAUCGAGUCCAUCCAGUCCGGCCUGCUGUCCGAUAUGAUGACGUUCUGCCAGCGCUCGCUGGAGGCGGCGGAGGACUGGUCGGCGGAGCGCGAGGUGGCGUUGACGGAGGAGCUGGACAGCUGGCUGAGGCACCACAGGCCCCGUGCCGGCCGCAUCGAGGAGGAGGUGCGCAUGGCUCGCAGUGUGGAGCUGGUGGCGCAGCGGCGGCGCGUGGAGCUGCACCUCAAGGCGCAGAGCACAGCGGUCAAGGCGCAGGCGGCGGCGUUUGAGGAGGGCCUUCGCGCGCUGGAGUCGGAAGCGCGCAAGGGCGUCAGCCGCCUGCGCGCCACGGAGGGCUUCCUGGGCCAGUGCCUCAGCAGCAAGGCCAUCGCCAUCCGGCAGCGCGAGGCGGAGGCUCUGCGUGUGCGGCUGGACAAGGAGCUGGCGGCCAGGGUGGCGGAGCUGGGCGAGAAGACGCACGCCGCCAUUGCACGCAUCACGGAUGCCAACCGGAAGUUCGAGUCUGACGAGCUCAAGACAUUCGAGUCGGGCGGCAAGUACGCGGACGAGAACGCCGCCGCCUACAAACGCAGCCUGGCCGCCAUUGACGCGCACCUGGAGCGGGCGUGGUCGGAGCAGCGGGGCCGCCUGGAGGCCAGCCGGGCGGCGCUGGCCGGAGAGGCCGACUCCUCGCUGUCCGAGGUGGUGGGUCUGGUGCCGAGCCACCUGGAGGACAUGGGUCUGCUGGAGAAGAUGGACAGCCUGGUGGAGGGCGCGCGGCGCAAGGCGGCGGGCGAGCUGGACAGGAACAAGGCCGCGGCCGCCGCCAUCACCGCCCAACUGGACCAGCUGGAUGCGCUGCUGGAUGGACGCAAGGCCGCCGCCGCGCCGCCGCGCCGCCGCCGCGUCUCCGGCUCCGGCCCCGCCCCGGGCGCCGACGGCCGCCGGCCUGACUCCCCAGGAGCCGCAUCCGUCGCCAGCAGCGCGCGACCUGGCUCCGUGGGCGGCGGGCCUCCCGGCCGCUCGCCGGGCUCUUCAGCCUCCAUGGCCGGCCCAGCCGGCAUGCGUAGCUCGCCCUCCGCGGCCAGCAUGCAGCGCGGCAGCCCCGGGACCGCCAACGGCGGCGGCGGCGGCUCGCCGCCGGGGCGGCGUGGCGACGGCAGCGGCGGGAAGCCGGCGCCAGCGGAGGUGCCGGCGGCGCCGCUGGAGCGGUGUCGCGCGAUCCUGGAAUGUGCGGACUCGCUUCGGAAGGCGCUGCUGCGACAGGCCAAGGUCCUGGACUUCCUGCAGUCCAGCGGCCUGGUGGCGCCGCCAGUGGACCUGCGAGUGGACGCCGCUGGCGUGGAUCCGCCGCCGCCGCCGCUGGGUUCGCCAGAGGCGCUCGCAACCAUGGGCGGCGGCGCCGCCGGCGGCAGCCCCGGCGGCCGGCCCGGCAGUACCCUGGCGGGCGCCAAGCGGCCCACCACGCCCAGCAACGGCAAACCAGGGGCGGCGGCCGGCGCGGGGGCGGCGGAGGCCCCGCCGGUGAAGCUGGCGACGGACGUGGAGGCGGUGAUUGACGCGUGCAAGAAGGAGACGGAGGCGGUGGCCAAGACCUACUAUGCCGCAAAGGACAAGGCUCGGCCCAUCCGCUACCCGGCGCGCAUACCGGCCGCUGUGGAGGAGCUGCUGCGCGGCACGGACGCCGUGCUGGAGGGGCUGCGGCAGCAGACACUGAGCUACGUCACGGAGGCGGUCAAGGAGCUGCGCACUCAGGUGAUCCGCAGCUACCGCUCUCUGGAGCGGCUGCCCGCGGUGGCUCUGGCGCUGCUGUGCGAGCACGAGGUGGGGCUGCUGGCGGCGGCGCACGCGGGCCUGGUGGGCGAGCUGGAGGGGCGGCGCGGCGCGCUGCUCAAGCUGGUGGAGGUGCACCGGGGCAGCUUGCACCCGGGCAUGAUGAUGCCGGCACGGCGCCCGGAGCUGGCGGCGGUCAAGUCGUCCGAGUCCGACCGCGCCGCCGCGCACGCCGCGCUGCUGUCCACCUACGGCGGCCAGGUGCUGGACAUGGCGCGGCGGCAGGCGCCGGCGCUGCAGGGCCGCCUGCUGCGGCUGAGCAGUCAGCUGGCGGCGCUGCUGGACACCUUCCUCAUGCCGCAGGACCUGCCACCACCUGGUGAGAGCGACUCGUGGGUGUACGACCUCCCACACAAGGACACCAAGCAGCUGCUGCGGCUGGCGCUGGCUCAGGCCGAGGCCGAGGUGGAGGCGCCGCCGCCGGUGGACGCAAAGGGCGGCAAGCCCGGCGCAGCCGCGGGCGCGAAGCCUGCGGCCGGCGCGGCGGGUGCCAAGGCCGGGGCGGCGGCCGGCGGCAAGGGCAAGGACGCGGCGCCAGUGCCUGACCGGCCUUACUCUCCCGGGGAGUGGGCGUUGCCUGCAGGCAACUUUGACCUGGUCAGCCUUGGCUGGCUGGACGAGGAGGGGAAGCCGCCGCACGGCCUGCCGCAGCCGCAGCAGGUGGAGGCGGCGGCGCCCACCAAGGCCUCCAAGCCGGCGCCGGCGGGCAAGCGGCCAGCAUCAGCCAAGCCCGAGGGCGCCCCAGGCCGCACGCCCCUGGUGCCGGUGCCGGCGCCGCUGGUGGCGCUGGACACGCCCUGCCACCGCUGCGUCGUGCGAGCCUACCGGUCCGCUGUGCAGCGCCUGGAGGAGUCGCUGCGUUCCGCCAUGUCGGGCCACCGGCUGCGUCUGUCGAGCUGGGCCAAGGAUGAGGAACUGUGGGGGCGGACCUGGGCGCAGCUGGUGGGGAGGCUGGAGGGGCUGUGAAGCGGCGGGGGGCGGAGGAGGUGCAGACAGUAGGGGGCGGAGGAGGCAGAGACGGAGGUAUGCCAAGGACGACAUUGGUGCGCUGUUUGUCAGCAGAUGAGGAGGCACAGGUUGGGGGAUUGCAAUGAGGAUGUCAUUGCGGCAUCUGUCACAGGCAAUGUGCAGGCAUGCAAGGGGGAAGGGGUACCUGCAACAAUGCUCGCUGUGCUGUGGCGUGGGCGGUGGUGUGAGAAUGGUUUAUAGAUCGGCCUGGCUUCGGCCAGGGGCCUGUUAGCAGUCCUGAGCAGUCAACAGGCGUGUGCGGCGAGCGUUAUUACGACAGAGUGCGCUGCGACAAGCGCACUUCAACACUCUCAUGCUUGUCAUGCUGCGACGAGUGACAAGAAGCGGCGGACGUGUAAACACAAGGGGAUUCGUGCGUCGGUUGGCGAUGGCUGCUGCCCGAUGGAGACGUGUACCGGCAUGUCAAGUGAAGCGCGAACGGCCUUGCGUGUGCCCCUCCUGUAAAUUUACUUACCGUAAGCUACAAGCAGUAUAUAUACAUGUAUUGCUGCUGUCGUUUCUAACUGCUGGCCAUCGGAAGCAUGCAUUAGCGAGCGAGCUCGUGUUUGCGGAGCGCCAGCCUGCGUAAGCACAUUAUGCGGUCAGUAGCACACAGGCUGCUGGGAUGGCGGUCAUCAGAAGCCUUUGACAAGGCGGAAGAGGUCAUGGCCAAGUCCUGCGUGUUGGUGCUGGCGGCGGCAGCGGCCUUGUGCUCGAGUGCGCUUGUGUCCAUGGUGUGGCCGGCGGCACGCACGGCCGCGGAUGUCGCAGGCCGCAUCGCAACAGUAAUGAUGCUGAUGGGGUUUGCGGGCUUGGGGGUGGGGGCGUGCCUGCGUCCGCCCAGGCCACAGCAUGGAAUGGUGGGGCCCGCCCAGGAGCCGGCCGUCAUAGCUGCGGGGGUUGUGUCGCCGAAGCUGUGAGGGACUUGAAUGUGCGGUGGCGGAGCGGGUUGGUGCGGCAAUGCCCUUGGUCUGCUGUGCGGUGGUGGCCGUGCUGCUGAGUAACAACACGCGAUGGUGCUGCUGGGACGCUGUUUGGCAGUGCGAUUUACGCUCCACCAAGGGUGGGGG